AGUGAGCCAGUCGUGUCGUGGAGAGAGAGAGUAGCGUCUUUUUUUAUCCUUCAAAGUUCCUGAAAAUCGAUUUAUUCAAGAACCUUUGCGAAGCAUAGGACUUGGCCAAGCAUGGGAAAGGAGGAAAAAGAAGACACUAAAGCUGAGCAACCACAAAAAGAGCAAGGAUCACCAACUGAAGAGCAUCUUCAAGAUCAAGAGCCCACAGAUCCACUCAACACAUACCAGUGGCACACGGACUCAAAGGGAGCACUGGAUGGCGCCAAGGAGGAUACAGGAGCCUCUUCAACCUCUACGUUGGAACGAAUUCAGAAAGCCUCUGCCACCAAAUGGAACAAGAUGCAAAGCUGGCGCAAGGCCUUGAGCGAGGAGCAUUACAAGUCAGAGAAAGGUACUGGUGGGGCACGGAAAAACCCCUUCAGAAGGGCCCUGUCGGAGCCCCCGGGGUCCCUAUUUGCCAGCCUGUCUUCCUCCCGCGGGUUUUCCAGCUCCAAUCAAGCGACAGCCUUCUCAGAAGCAGCAGAUGGUGCUGGAGUCGGCCCCAGUGAGACUUCUCAGAGUCGGAGUGGAGGGGCACUGUUCAGGAGGUGCCUGAGGACGGUGUCCCAGAAGCUGAGGAAGCCCAGGCUGCAGAGUCGAAGCAGCGCCGUAUCACCAGAUCAUGGUGAGGGCCCAGUGCUCAGUGAACUGCCCAGGCUGGAGUGGGCUCCGGCUCAGGAGGUGCCUCUGUGGAACAUAAGCACCUGUGUCCUGGAUGAAGGACAAAUCAUCAUCUCACCUGAUGAAGAGCCCAUGAUGUGGACCAGAAACCGACUCAACAGCUUGUCCACCGUCAGCAUGCAGAAUCUGGAAGACAUUGAAUGCAGUCCUGACCAUGUGACCCUGCCAGGCGGCCCUCGACCCAAGAGUCAAGAUGGCGGUGUGAGGGCUCUUAUCAAGCGACGUCUGGAGAACAAAGCCAAGAAGAACAGCAACACUCAACUGAACCAUGUGGGACUAAACAAAUUCAGGCACUAUGGCUCCAGGGAGUCUGUGUCGAUUCCUGUUAGCUCCAUGGGAAGUCUGGAUCUAAGUGCAGACACCAGCACCAUCAUCAGGCCCGUCCACAGCUCCAUUCUGGGGGAGAAGUACUGCUUUGAGGUAAUAAAUUCAGAGAACACACACUGCUUUGGCUGCUCCUCAGCGGCAGAACGCGACAGAUGGAUUGAGGAUCUGAGAAGAGCUGUGCAACCUAACAAGGAUAAUGUUGAACGCACAGAAAACUCUCUUUGUCUGUGGGUCAAUGAAGCCAAGGAUCUGCCACCCAAGCGGCGCUAUUAUUGGGAAGUGCACCUGGACGGGACUCUGUUUGCUCGCACAAGCACUCGUGCGGUUGGCAAAGCUGCAAACCGUUCCAGUCUGGUCGGGGAGACGUCCACCGGGUCAUCGGGGGCUUCUGGUGGAAAUGUGGCUGGUGGAUGCCAACUCUUCUGGGGGGAGUUUUUUGAGCUGGACAACCUUCCAUGCAUCUCCCAGGUCAUCCUGCACCUAUUCCGGGAAGAGGACCCCAAGAAAAAACGUCACUCCAAAGAAGAGUUCAACCUCCAUCCUCUCGGCAGUGUUGCCAUCAGUCUGGCUGACAUCAGGGGAAGGUCCUAUCAGGAGAAGUGGUACCCCAUAGUUCCAUUCAAACCCUCGGUCGGCAGCAAAGACCUUCUCGGGUCGCAGGCCUCACUUCGAAUCAAAGCUCGCUUCCAGAAUCUCAAGGUUUUGCCCAUGGAGAAGUACAAGGAGUUUGCAGAGUACGUUACGGUUGAUUACGUUGACAUGUGCACGAGUUUGGAGCCUCUUCUGAAUGUGAAGGAAAAGGAGGAGCUUGCUGGUGCAUUGGUCCAUGUCCUACAGAGUAUUGGCAAAGCUAAGGCGUUCCUCAUCGAUUUGGGCAACGCCGAGGUUCAGCGUCAGGGACAGAAGGAGGCGCUAAUCUUUAGAGAAAACACCCUCGCCACUAAAGCCAUAGAUGAGUAUAUGAAACUAGUGGGACAGAAAUACCUGAUCAACACACUCGGGGACUUCAUCGCCCGCCUUUAUGCUACAGUGGAGAGCUCUGAAGUGGACCCACGUAAAUGUUCGCCCUCCGAACUGCCAAACAAUCAGAGACACCUGAGGGACUCCUGUGAUGAGGUGGUACGGAAAAUAACAGACAUCCACAGCCCAUUCCCAGAGGAGCUGCACAAGAUCUUCUCCAGCUGGGUGGAGCUGUGUGAGGACCUGGGCCGACCGCAGAUAGGCCAGCAUCUCAUCUCUGCUUCCCUUUUCCUUCGCUUCCUGUGCCCUGCUAUCCUCAGCCCGUCGCUGUUCGGUCUGACACAAGCGUACCCAGAACCUAACACUCUGCGUGCCCUCACAUUGACGGCCAAAGUCAUCCAGAACCUGGCUAACUUCACACUGUUUGGGGAGAAGGAGGAGUACAUGCUGUUCAUGAAUGAUUUCCUGGAGCAGCACUGGGAAGGAAUGAGAGGAUUCCUACGAACUGUUUCCAGCCAAGACACGGAGAUACCAACAACAUCUUUUGAUGGGUAUGUGGACCUGCCGCUGCGGCUAGCUGUCCUGCAUGGCCUGCUGGUGGACAUCAUCAACCAGAAAAAACAGGAGACCAUCGACCAGCUGCACCCCCUGCCUCUCAUUCUCAAUCAGAUCACAGAGUCUCUUGGCCCAGAGGCGACUCGGAUUCCAGUCAGCAGUCUGAUGGGUCAGGCCAAGCCUGUGUACGUUCCUCCGAAAGACUUGAGCAAAUACAGCCCUCACCACUCUUCCACACAGCAGCUGCCACUGGAUUCCAAAGUCCGAGAAGGGGACGGAAGAACCAGGAGCACGCGGAUGAGGAAGCCCGUCACGAGAACUCAGAGUGCCCCACACAGACCACCUGGGCACACCAAACGUCUGAAGAGGCAGACUAGUUCUGAAAAUCUGCCCACAGGAGAUGAGGAAGCAGAGGUCCAGUCAAACUCUCUCCUGAUCUCACCACCGAAGCCUACCGACAGCAUCAGACGUCCGCCUGCUCCGGUGCCCUGGAUCAAAGACUGUCACAACAGAGAGUCCAGCGAGAACACACCCGUGCAGGAGAUGAGCCUCCUGGAGAAGCACGAGCAAGAGCUGUCUGAGCUCCGUCUGGGGGUGGAACAGGUGACUGAGCGAGAGCUGGACAUGGCCAAGCGACUGGAGGACUUCAUCAUCAUGAGUCAAGACCAGAACACCAUGCUGCAGGCUGAGGUGGCCGAGCUGAAGAGUCUGCUGUCUGUGAGGGAAGAGCAGCUCGCUAGCACCACUUUCAGACUGGGGGUGAUAGAAGAGGAGAGAGAGGACGACGAGAGGAAGAUGAACGUGGCUCUAGCUGCAGCAGAGCGAAUGAAUGUUCUGGAGGAGCAGUGUGCAGGUCUGCUGAGUGACCUUCACAUGCUGAAAGAGGCCUACAGCAACAGACACAAACAUGCAGAGCAUCCCGAGACAGCUCAGAUGAACAGCAGCUAGACUGUGAGCCGAGAUUCUGGCUGCAGCAGAAACCUAACUUCUGCAUCUUCAGAGCGAAUCCAAAGUGAAUGUAAUUUCUCUUGAUGACAGAAAUGUACUGAAUCUGCACAGCACUGAUCUUUUAAAGAAAUAAA